AGCCACGAUGGUCCGACGAACGCCAGUUGUCAUUGGAUGCGUCGUCUCAGCUCUUGGUGAUGCUGUAGUAACCACUCUUCUUUUUGGACAUGGUGAUGAGAUACUGGACAGAUUUUCCACGGCAACAGCUCAAUUCUCCAUUCUUGAUUCUACGUUUGAAUUAUGGUGGUUUGGUAUGCUUCGCGCUUGUGUUCUUUUUGGACUUACUAUGGCGGUCAUACGGCAUCCAUUGGAAGCUAUCACUCGGAUACAAAAGCUAGGAGAAGGCGCUGUCUGCUUUCCUCUACUGAUGGGAAUAUAUGACCUUAUUAAACUACUAAUGCUGUCCGAUGUUCCCUCGAGGUUAUAUGAUAAGUGGCUCUGGGCUCAGUUCGCCUGGUGUAUGAUUGGAUGUCUACUAUUCCAUAUACUUUAUUCUGCCCUAAGCAGAAUCACACUAGUGCUUGACGGGACUUUCUUACAUAAUGACAAUGUAUGUAUCAACGACGGCGACACAGAGGAAAGGAGACAUCUUUUAUCCUCCUCAACCUCGAGAAGGAAGUCAGGAUGUAAUGACAACGAUGACGAUGACGAUGAAGACAGUGAUGAUGAAUCGUCAAAAGCUCGAUCUAUUGCAGAAAAAAGAGCGACAAUUUUUAGAUUAUUCUCAUAUUCUAAACCGGAUUUAGGAUACAUAGCAGGGGCAUUUAUCUUUCUAGUAAUCGCAGCAGUGGGUGAGAUUUUUAUACCUUACUACACUGGGCAAGUGGUGGACGGAAUAGUGAUCGAUAAAUCAAAGACGAGAUUUACACAGGCCAUAAUAUACGUGAUCGUCAUAUCGGCAGGAAGUGCGAUUGCGAGCGGUCUGCGAGGGGGUCUGUUUUCUGUCGCAAUGGCGAGACUGAAUGUUCGGAUCAGGGACCUUCUCUUCUCUAGCAUCAUUGACCAGGAAAUCGGAUUUUUUGAUAGUGUCAAAACUGGUGACAUAACGUCCAGGCUCACUUCUGACACCACUGUUAUGAGUGAUACAGUCACCUUGAACAUCAACAUUUUCUUGCGCAGUGUCAUCCAGGCAGUAGGGAUGGUCGUGUUUAUGGUUAAGUUAUCCUGGCGCAUGAGUAUACUGUCCCUUAUCGUAAUUCCUCUUGUGUUUGGUGUUUCAAAAGUCUACGGCAAGUACUACAAGAGACUCUCCAAACAAGUGCAGAACCGACUUGCCAAAGCUAAUGAGGUAGCGGAAGAGGCAUUUACGAGCAUGCGUACUGUUAGAAGUUUCGCUAACGAAAAUUCAGAGAAGGCUCGUUACUAUUCCCAUCUUCUGCGCAUGUACAAAAUAAAAAAGAAGCAGGCCGUGUUCUACGCUGGAUAUGUGUGGACAAAUAAACUGUUUGAGCUGAUGUUAACGGCCUCGGUAUUGUACUACGGGGGACAUCUGGUGGUCAGUGGUAAACUAAGUGGAGGUAACCUGGUCUCAUUCAUCCUUUAUCAAAUGCAACUUGGGGAAUGCUUUGACAAUAUCGGCAAUGUGUAUACCGGAUUGAUGCAGGCAGUUGGGGCGUCAGAAAAAGUAUUCGAAUAUAUUGACCGUGUUCCAAAAAUAUUAAACAAUGGAACUUUAGCUCCUCAUUGUGUCCAGGGAAGAAUCGAGUUCAAAGACGUUACCUUUGCAUACCCUACUCGGAAUGAUACACCGAUUUUGAAGAAUGUCUCAUUCUCCGUGGCUCCGGGAGAGGUGGUGGCCCUUGUUGGUCCCAGUGGUAGUGGCAAGACGUCAUGUAUCAACCUAAUGGAACACUUCUACGAGACAUGUGCUGGGUCGGUAUUACUGGACAGCCAUCCGAUACAGAGCUACGACCACGCCUAUCUCCAUACAAAGGUUGCUCUAGUAGGUCAGGAGCCCGUGCUUUAUGCGCGAUCACUAAAGGACAACAUCCGGUGCGGCCUGUUGGAAGAGAAUUAUGGGAUGGAGCGCGUUAUAAGGGCUGCAGGAUUGGCCAAUGCUCACCAAUUUAUCAUAGAGAUGAAGAAAGGGUAUGAUACGCAGGCUGGUGAGAAAGGUCUACAGCUCUCAGGUGGACAAAAACAGAGGAUUGCCAUUGCGCGUGCUCUGAUCCGUAACCCCGCCAUUUUGUUACUGGAUGAGGCAACCAGUGCACUCGACUCAGAAUCAGAACACGUUGUUCAACAAGCUAUCUACAAGAACUUGCAGGGAAAGACAGUGAUAAUUAUAGCACACCGACUCAGCACAGUCGAGAAAGCAGACCGCAUUAUUGUCAUUGAUAAAGGCCAAGUAGUUGAACAAGGAUCCCAUUCGGAACUUCUCUCUCGCAAAGGACUAUAUGCCAAGCUUGUUAAAAGGCAAUUAAAAGAAACUAAUUCAUCUUGAUAUAUCGAAUAUUGCUUUAUAACUUAAGAAAGAAGUGAUAAAGAUUAUUACGGUUUUCUGUGAUAGAAUCUGUACCAGUUUACAUUUCAUUUUUGUGUUUCACUUGCAUAUCAUGCCAGCAUUAGGUGUUUGGUUAUCUUCAGCGUCAAUUUAGUGAACUAACACAAGAACUUAAAUCAUAGAUUCCAAAUAUGCCAUGAGAAUUGGCCUGUUUAAAAUAUUGAAUUUACAUCAAACAAAGAUAUAGGUAUAAGAAUAAAUGUGCCAAUGAUCAAAGCAAUGUUAAAACUUUAAUUAUGUAUAAUGAUGUCAAGAAGUUAGAUGCAUGGAUUCUCUUCUCGCUUCUGCUUCAUUUAGUCACAAUCUUUGUAAACAUUAGCGAUUUCCUGGUCAAGGUUUUGACUGCCAAGGAAACAACCCUACUUCAGUCAACAUUUUGGUAUUAGUCAAUACGUGUGAUAAGGAGUAAUGUUGUUACACAGUAAGAAUUCAUACGUCACUAAAUCGUCCCUUGAAGAAAUAUUAACAAAAAUAAUAUUACAAGUUUUCAUUUAUGAAUAUUUUGUUAUCAUAAUUCACGGUAAGCAAUACGCUGUUUUUACAAUUCUAUAAUAUUGAAAAUGAGGAAUUGAAGGCGUACUGUGCCAAAUCGUAACCGUUGAAAUACGUUAUCUUUGACGUAAAUACGAUAAUCCAGAAACAGACAUUUAUGUCAUUAACUCAAAAGAACAGCUAAGUUCGGACCAUAUUUUACAAGGGUAACAAGUUUGUCAAAAAAUGUCUCACCCAUAAAGUAAUUAAAAAAAGACAAAUUCCACUGUUGCGUGUUCAUAUGUCCUGUUUGUAAUUACCUAAAUUAAAUCAUAGUACCAACGUUUAUCCUUCAUACAGGUGUAUGCUCUUUUGUCUCAAAACUGUAUAAAUAUACAUCUUAUAUGAUAUCAAAUAUACAUUAUAUUUUGUUUAUAUUUUUUCACAUGGGUAUUUUUGUUUUAUACACAAGUUCGUGCAAAUAUUUUACUUUAUAUUCAUGAAAUGGUAUUUUUAUUAAGUAACAUUUUUGAGAUAUUAAUUACCUUUUUUUCGUCAUUCGAUUACCACCAAGGGGUUUUCUCUGUAUGAGUUACGUUUAUUUUAUCAUUAAUACGUUAUUACAUACUUAGUUGUGUCCAUUUUGUUACCAGGAUGGUUACAAAUUGGUGGGCGACGUUUUGUUUAUAGUAAUCUCAAUAGCUGCAUGGUUGAUGAUACACCCACCAUCGCUUGUCAAAAUACGAUUGACCACACACCGAAAUUAAGGGAGCAUUCGAAAUCUAGUCCUUUGUUUAAUGUAUUAUAAAAAACUAAGUCAAUGUUUUCAGGAAUUUCCGGAUCUUGUUUCGAGGCACAACGUGACUGGUAAUGUUUUUGUUAUUAAAUAUUUGAUAUGUGAUAGUCAUGAUAUUCUAGUCGUUUUCAAAGUCCCCGUUUAUGAUGAUGUUUCCUAUUUCGUUUUGAAUAUAAUCUACAUAUUUUUUAUGUUAUCCUGCAGGAUAAUUUUUUCAAAACUAUUUGUUAGUCUAAUUAUUUAAGGUGACACGAUUACCUUGUUUUACAUUAAAAGUAAUCUCAGACUUCUAGUCGAAAUUAAGUUCGUAUUCUCUGUGCCGAUUUUUUGUUAAAUGUAUUUUGUUUUUGUAUUUGUUCAGACACCUUUUGACAUUUAUUUCUACAGCCUAUCCAGGCUACACUGGUGUUCAUGAAGUAUGUAUUAUGACAAUUGAAAUCACCUUAUUUGUUGUGAAUGCACGGUAUGCGCAAGAACGUAAUACGUAUGUCAGUUUGGAGAUACGAUACAUAUAAAUUAAGGGAGCGUCAGUGAGAGUUCGUGAAUCACCUAACAAUUAACAUGUUAGAGUUACUAAUGAUAUUAUCAAUAAAAUAUCAUUGGCAGUGAUAUAUCACAAGUUUUGUUGAGGAUCUGUUUUUGUUAUCAACAGAAGUGAAGUCGUUGUGUACCUUAUAUGUAAUAAAUAUGCACUGAAGUAA